GAGAUGUGCGUGAGCUUCUCAAGGAAUUCAAAGGAGUACUGGGUGACCCCAAGGGACUAUCACCCCAUCGGGAGUUCGACCACCGCAUACCUCUAGUCAACGAGCAGCACGCUGUACACGUCCACCCCUAUAGGUACACUCACUUCCAGAAAACUGAGAUCGAAAGGCAAGUGGCUGAGAUGCUAGAGUCUGGGUUAAUUCAGCGUAGCUCGACUCCAUUUUCAUCACCAGUUCUGUUAGCCAAGAAGAAAGAUGGCACGUGGAGGUUUUGUACUGACUAUCGUGCUCUGAAUGCCGCGACUAUCAAGGACCAAUUUCCUAUUCCUACACAAAAACAUAACAAACACGAGGCCCUAACUCGGAUCCGGCAGACGGGGAGUGUACGUGACUACCAAAAAGAGUUCGAGAGAUUGGCAUGCCGGGUUCGCGGGUGGCCAGAGAGCGCGCUUGUUGGCGCGUUUGUUGGAGGGCUUAGGUAUGAUCUCGCGGCUGAAGUGCGAUUGGAGAGGGCGGAGACCAUGCAUAAGGCCAUGGAAGUUGCUAGGAGACGGGGGGAUCACUUGGCCGCGACUCGAAGGGGACGGGCAGAUUUUCGUGUCCCGGAGCCGCGGCGUGUGCCGGCGACCGUGGGCACACCUAGUGCGAACGCAAGGCCUCCGGGCACAUUUAGACCCCCAGCAACUGAGGUAAAGAGGUUGACGAAGAAGGAGAUGGCGCGGAGACGUGAGAAACGGCUGUGUUUCCGGUGCGAAGAAAAGUACACGCCGGGACAUUGGUGCAAACAGAAUUACUUGAUCGAGUUCGUGGACUCGGAUGACGAAGAGCCGGUGACCAAGGAAGAAAGGGAGGUCGAGGUGCUCAAUGACGUGGCCGAGAUCUCAGUCCAUGCGAUGGCGGGCACUAAAGGCCCGAGGACUAUGAAGUUACCGGCGUGGUUGAAGGAUCGGCGGUUUACGGUACUUGUGGACAAUGGGUCGUCGCACAAUUUCAUUAAUGCGACUCUCUCGCACAAACUCAAGUUGCCCACGACCACGAUUGAGCCGUUCGAGGUUAGGGUGGCGAAUGGCGAGCGCUUGCGGUGCUCGGAGAUGUACCGGGGCAUACCGAUCAAGUUUCAAGGAGUGACCUUGAAGGCGGACUUGUUUGCCUUACCUUUGGUAGGACCGGACGUGGUGCUUGGGGUGCAGUGGCUCGAGGGACUAGGAGAUAUGACGACUAAUUACCGGAAGGGUGUGAUGAAGUUCGAGGCCGGGGACCAGCUCGUUACCUUGAAAGCUAGUGAAGGAGCAACCAAGGAGGUUGGUCUAAAAAACAUCGAAAAG